AUGACACGCCUAUGCAGAGAAAGCUUUGGACGUUCGUUUCAUCUUAUUUCAUAUAUGGAAAGAAACAAAUUUAUGGAUGGUAUCGGGAAAUGUGUCACAAAAUUGAGAAAGAUCCCAAAGACUACUCCUUAUCUUUUUUCUGACACGCUGGGCAGUCCUAUGUAUGAUCAUCUCAUACCGAAUCGAACUGGCGGUCCCUUCAAUACCGAGUUCGAUCUCCAUACAUAUAUGUGUAGCGAGGUAGGCGGGGGUCAAUCGCUUGCAGAAAUUUAUGAUGGGGAAGAAAACAUACCUCAUGGCUACCAAUCGGGGCGAAUCUGUGGUAUUAUUGAUUCGGAGUGUGCUGGAUUUAAGCCAGAGUAUUAG